UCUCUCUAUUUUUUUCUCUCUCUCUCUCUCAGUCUUACUCUGUGGAAUACUGCUACAUUCCCCCCUUUUCCAACUCAGGAAUGUUUCACACAAACGGUUCAUCCCUAGGAAAAGUGGAAUGUGAUAAGACAGUGUACACAGCUGUAGUGUGGAGGAACCACUACCACCACUGAGGACGUGCGUGGAAUCUGAUUAAAUCAAAGUGAGGUUGCAGUUUCGCUCAUCCAAAGCGAGCUGGCUGCAGCUGGGAUGUUUGCCAGCGGGAUGCUGCAGCAAAGCAGUCUGGGAAACAAACGUUCAAGUGUGGGCAUUACGCGAUUCUCCGGCUCACACUUCUUUCCCCUGGGUUCAGGAUCAGGUUCCAGACCUGGCUCGAUGAAGAGUGACUCGCUGAGCUCGAUCAGCUCUGACCCGGAAUACAUCAUGCAGCUUGUCAGUGAUGUACGGAAAUUUGCCGAUGUGCUGCUUCAUCUCAAGGAAGCGUUUAACUCCAAAGAGCACCAGGACUGUCUGCACCAGGUGGUUCAUGAGCGUCUGGGUGAGCUGCUGCGUGUUUUAAAGUAUGUGAUCGCGAAACACCCCACUCUCAACUCAGUGGACAUCCUCACUGCGGCAGGCACGCUUAUCGCCAAGGUCAAAGGUGUGAACUUCAAGGAAGUGAAUGAGGACAACAAGCGGGAGCUGUUCAGAGACAUCUACUCCUCCAUAGACACGCUGGCCUUCACCUUUGGCAAUGUAGUGUCUGACUUCCUUAUGGGCGAUGUAGAGAAUGGAUCAUCUUUGCGGCUUGCCCAGACCCGCAGGAGCAGGUCUUCAGAGAACCUGUCAGUAGAGCUGGGUGGAGAUGGUUCAGAGAAGAAUGACCCUCCAGGUCCCGCCUCCCCCGUGCAGGUGUUGGAGCUGGAUGAUGUUCUGCAGCGCAGUGAGAGCGGUGUGGAGUCGGCCCUGCUCUAUGCCAAAGCCUGGUCCAAAUACACCAAGGAACUGCUCAACUGGGUGGAGAAACGCCUCAGUAUGGAUGUGGAAUGCGCCAAAAGCCUCGCUAAGAUGGCUGAAUCAGCCAAGACACUCGCCAGCCAGCAGGAGCACAUGCCGUUCCGUGAUAUUUACGUGUCAGCCUUCAAGAACGAUAUUGACUACAGCCAAGUGCUGCUCCACACAGCCUCCGCUUUACAGGCCAACAAAUUCAUGCAGCCUCUACUGGCGAGGAAGAACGAGCUGGAUAAGCUGAGGAAGGAGAUGAAGGAGCAGUGGCAGAGGGAGCAGAAGAAAAUGCACGAGGCUGAAAGUGCUCUGAAGAAAGCUCGCUUGUUGAAGGAUCAGAGACAGGAGGAGUACGAGCGAGCACGCAGCUCCACCAGCCGAGCUGAGGAGGAGCAGCUCGCAGCAGGGGCCAAGCAGCUGGAGAAGAGACGCAGACUGGAGGAUGAAGCUCUGCAGAAAGCUGAAGAGGCCAGAGAGCACUACAGACACUGCAUCACCGACGUGAGUGUGAAAAAGCUCGACCUGGCCAACGCCAAGAGCGACAUCCUCGCCCAGAUCCGCACGCUCGUCUUCCAGUGUGACCUGACGCUUAAAGCGGUGACAGUGAAUUGGUUCCAGAUGCAGCAGGCCCAGGCGGUCUCUCUGCCCGUGAAUAACCAGACCCUGUGUGAGAGUGCGAAGCUGUAUGAGCCCGGCCAGCGCUACACUGAGUUCGUGAAGAGUCUCACCCCGGACCGCAGCCGAGCCGAGUCAUUCUCGUACGACGUAGCGGGGACUCAGAGCGCAGGGUCUCCUCUCACUAAACGCUUGGUUAGAACCAGUCUGUCGUCUCAGGUGUCCAUCACCUCCGGAGACUGUCUGAGCUUGGAUGAGGUGGACGUUUCGGCUCCGAGCCACACGGCCAAAAUCGCAGAGAGACGCUCGCACAGCAGCACUGACAUCCAGGCUCUCCGGAUCCAGGUUCCGUUUAAAUCCUGGACUAUGUCGGGUCAGGGAGGAGGCAUGUGCAGCGACUCGGAGAGCGCCGGAGGCAGCAGCGAGUCUCGCUCAAUGGACUCACCAACUGCUAGUCCAGGGGAUUUUAAAAGGAGGCUUCCAAGAACACCAUCCACUGGGACAAUGUCUUCAGCAGACGACCUGGACGAGAGAGAGCCACCUUCGCCUUCAGAUAACGGUUUGAGUGAGAUGGUUACGGAGACAGCGAAUUCUCCUGGACCUUUCCGGAACACGCAGAUGUCGAAGGCGGCGCAGACCCACAAGCUCCGAAAACUGCGCGCUCCGUCAAAGUGCAGAGAGUGCGACAGCCUGGUGGUGUUUCAUGGUGCGGAGUGUGAAGAGUGCUCUCUUGCCUGCCAUAAGAAGUGUUUAGAGACGUUGGCCAUCCAGUGUGGUCAUAAGAAGCUGCAGGGGAAGCUGCACUUGUUUGCUGUCGACUUCGCCCAGGCAGCCAAAAAUAGCCCUGAUGGAAUCCCCUUCAUCAUCAAGAAGUGCACUUCAGAGAUUGAGAACAGGGCCCUGGGAAUUAAGGGAAUCUACAGGGUGAACGGAGCCAAGUCACGUGUGGAGAAGCUGUGCCAAGCUUUUGAGAAUGGGAAAGAUUUGGUAGAGCUGUCAGAGCUAUAUCCUCACGACAUCAGCAAUGUCCUGAAGCUCUACCUGCGACAGCUUCCUGAGCCUCUCAUCCUCUUCCGUUACUAUAACGACUUCAUCGGCCUGGCGAAGGAGAGUCAGAGCAUCAUCAUGGAGGAGGUGGAGGCGUCUCGCAGCGGCUCCUCCCCCGAUCCGCCGCAGAUCAGCGUCGAGCUCAAACGCAUCCUCUUCAAAAUGAAAGACCUCCUGAGGCAGCUGCCUUCUGCGCACCACAAAACCCUGCAGUUCCUCAUGCAGCACCUGCACAGAGUAAGUGAGAAAGCCGAGGAGAAUAAAAUGACCGCCAGUAACCUUGGCAUCAUCUUCGGCCCGACGCUGAUCAAGCCACGGCAGACCGACGCCGAGGUGUCGCUCUCGUCACUGGUGGAUUAUCCGUACCAAGCGCUGAUCGUCGAGCUGCUCAUCAGGCAUUACGAUCUAAUCUUUGAUUCUCCGCUCAGCCCCGUAGAUGAGAGCUCACCUCUGCCAAUCAAAUCCCGCUUCAACCCACAGGAGAAGGAGCAGCGCCUGAACCGCCACUCCAGAUCCCUGAUGGACAUUAAAGAGCAGCACCACAAUGCUAAAGCCUAUAAAAGGCACUCGUCUGUGAUUCCAUCGACACACUUACUGGAGGAAGUGAAAGAGGUGAAAGCAAUGCCUGAUGGGAACGAUUUCGCUUCGGUCGAGCUGCAGAACGUGAAUGGUACGCUGUCCUUGAGUGCCCCUGAAGUGCAGCACUCGUCCCGAUUGAUUCGGCAGAACCACGUCAGCAGAGUGCAGCUUCGGCCACGUCUCAAACCGAGCUCCCGCCCCAUGAGCAUGCCUCCUGAGAGGCUCCUGAAUGCCCGCAACUCCGCCUCUGACCUCGCGCUGGUGAAAGGUCGUGACCCUGCCAUCGAAGAGGUUUCUGAAGAGGAAAAGCCCAAAGUCAGAGCUGCUAAUCAUUACAGGAACACAUAUAUAGACACACACAUGCUGCGCAGGACGUGGGAUAAACAGUACAAACACUACGGCAUCACUCCUCGCACAGCCAUGAUCGUGGCCAAACUUCCUGGAGAGGUGGAAAUAAGUCACGUUAAACUUUCAUCCACCUCCACACCAUUGUGUAACAGCACUAGCACGACCAAGACAGACGUGGUUGACUGUAGCCAUGUCCAAAAUGUCUUCAGACCCCCUCGCACCCUUCAGCCUCCACCGGGGACUUUCUACAAACCGCCAGGGAUCCGGGACAAAACAUUAACCCUAGAAAAAACAUUAGCGGACAAAACCUUAACGCAAGAGCAGACAUUAGAGGACAAAAGUGCUACAAGGAAAGAGGACAUGACGAACGCUAACAGCAUUGAGGAUGAGGAAGACGACGAGGACGAUGAAGUGGAGGAAGGAGUAGACGAGGAAGAUUUUGGAGGUCUGGAGGUCUCUGUGGAUGAAGAUUCUCCUCAAGACCCUCAGCUCAGCCAAAUCCAGACCAAACCAGUUUACCCCAGACUGCGAGCGAGACACAUGCAGGACUUUGAGAACCGGGAAGCCCACUUUGUAUGAGAACUGAAUACAUACAUACUGUAUGAAGAUGUUUUAUGAACUUGCAUGCCUUGAGGACAUCUUUUUAUACAUAUAUAUAUAUAUAUAUAUAUAUAUAUAUAUAUAUAUAUAUAUAUAUAUAUAUAUAUAAGCUUUAUAUAUAUUAAUAUAUUACUCCUUAUGUUUGGAGACGGCAGCUUGUGAUGAUGGAACAAGCUCAGGAGCCAGUAUUAAUACAGGAUGCACUUAGCUUUCUUAUGCCACAUCAAUUUCAUUGUUUUUUUUUAAAUAAAGAAGAACAAAAGAACAAAGAAAAGGACCUUAACGAGAUGUUUUAAGGUGAUUUGCAAUCAGAAACAUAAUCCUGCAUCUGAUAUGAUGAUAUAAACUGUUUUAAAGACACCACUAGCAGGACUCCAACUUCAUUGUGCAAUUUCACUUUUUUUUUUAUCAUUUGCAUUGUACUGAACGUUUAAUAUAUGCAUGUUACAGCGUAUUAUGUAUCUUUUACACCAAAAACAAUUUCAUCAACCCUU